CCCAACAUCACAGCCGUCUACCAUCUUACCAGCGCAUACGACAUCGAGUCCCUUGGUCAUUUCUCCCGGAUGUCGACAUUAUCCACACAGGCAUGCUAGGCUCAAGGCGGAGGUUGAGCGUGGAAUUGCGCUCACUCGGAAAGCAGAGAGCAAGACAAACGGCUUGGUGGAAUUCAUCUUUGCGCGUCGACUAACACGAUUCCAUCUCGAACAUCAUGGCUCAAUCGCAACCGCCACCUGCGCGGCCUCCUUUACCUCAGACACAGAGUCCCUUCCAGCGCGAUUACGCGGGCACCAACGGCAGACCCAGUCCUCUCGGUCCUCAGUCUCCGCAACUAGCCAUGAAUUACUCUUCACCGUCGCCUCAACAAUUCUCACCUCAAGCGUACAAUCAACCUCCAGCGGCGAAGCGUCCUCGUCUUUCGCCCGAUACCCAAUCUCCCUUCUCUCCUCAAAGUUAUCCUCCAACACCAUCCGGCCAACCUACGACUCCUGGUGGAAAUGUACAGAUGAACGGAACCGCACCCCCGAAUCAAAGACAAGGGCUGAUGCCACCCCCGCAGAGGCCCAGUGACAAAGCGGAAGAUCGAAACUACGAAGACAUUUUGUCUGGUACGGGGAUCAAUAUCGAAGAAGAGGCGAGAAUGCUUGUGAGGCCUGACUAUUAUGGAUCGUCAACGCCACGCCCAGCAUCCCAACCGCAAGCGGCAGGAUUCCAUUAUCAUGUAAACUCAUUAAACGCAGGAGAAACUGGGGGCUCGGGAAAUGCCACUGCACAGGGACAAUCCGGGACGGAGAACCAAGCUCAAACAUAUCAGCCUUCUCCGGAGGAGUUGAAGCGAAGAGAUGAAGAGCGGGCAGAUUGGGAGGCUUCUCGUCAUAGUCAACAUCCGCUCUGGGACAUGUUCCUGCUCGGUGGUGCUUUGAACGACAAGAUUCGCACUAUCAGCAUCACCGAACACCUGGUCGAUCCGCAAUCGGGCGUUUUGGUUAACACCCAAAAGCAUGCCCCGCCUCCAACCGUGCGGGUGAAUGGUCUUGAGGGCUCGUCUCGUGUUAUUGACAAGGGACAAGCUAUUCUUGACACAGGAGCGAAGGGAGAGCGACUGUCUGAUAUCAUGAAGGUCAUUAGUCUGGCGACAAAAGCACGGUUGACUGGUGUCGUGAGUGCCUCGGCAAGGAUAUCUCAAGAAAGACAACAACAUUCGAAGGGAAAGGUUCCGGAUGAAUGGCAAGAUCUAGCAACUGUGGCGAAACCGCUGAAUGAGGCCCUUGAUGGUGCGUCAAGUCCAGCGGGCAGCACCAGCCUGAAGCGCACUCAUUCACAGGCCAACAGUGAGCCGUCAUUCUCAGCAGAUCAAGUACCAGUUCCUGUCCGGUUGGUCGAUGUUUUCGACAAGAGCUCGCAGGCUGAACGAGCUAUCGAAGAAGCUCGGAAGGCAAAACGAUUAAAGCGGAAAACAGCCACAAACGCUGAUGGAACAGUCGGAACGCCUUCAGCGGAUGCCGCAGCAGAGGCCGCGGCGGUUGCAGCAUUGGAGUCAGACAAGAAGACGACCAAGAAAGAGAGAAAGUUGGCGGAGUCCAAAUUCUCCGAACAACAGCAGCACAAGUCUGCAAACGAGGCAGCACGGAUGGCCUUCUCAGGUCUCCUGGGUAAGGGCUUCGGCAGCAAGAAGCAGAGAACUUACGACUGGAUGAAGGGCAGCGGGGCAAGCCCUGCGAUGACUCCUGGGAGACCUGCGCUUUCCACCACUGCGUCUACUGCUGGUACUCCGGGUCCUGAUCGAGCUCGCGCGGUUUCAAAAGACAAACACCUUGGGCAAUGGGACGAGGAAAAGGAUCCCAAGAUACAAGCUCGCGACGUGUUUCUUGUUCUGGAAGGGGAUGGGCGGAAUUCGAGAUCUUAUCUACGAGGUCUGAACCUGCCAGAGAAAUAAUUCUUGACAUGCAUUUCUAGAUUUUUAACCAUGAUGCUAGUGAUAUAUCAUGGUCGGGUGGCAAGACAGGCCUAUUGUAAGAUAACAAAUCAGCAAAAAUAUGCAAGUCUUGCACGGAAUUAGGGCUAGCGACAUUGCAUGGGAGGCAUUCUGAAUACGGCUGGAGGGCAUCGCAUGUUAUGGAUAUCUUGACGAGUCCUUUUUGAUACACGUCAGGCUGAGUAGACUUGACAACGUGAGAUAGCCAGAGCCUACUCCGUAUUUCCCAUGGCUAUCCCUGUUUUUAUCAGUGAAAAGCGGACCUGGCGUCGGUGAUUUCGCGCGAUUCGGGUAACCGGGGUCUUUUUAUCUCCAUGCUCAAGGCGUGAUUGCGUAGUUGGGGAGAAAGACGAAUGGUGAGGCUUGCAACAGUGGCGGAAGCACAUCAUUCCGAUUUUUCCUCUCAAAUUGCCGAGCAUGCAAAUGGACAGUCUUGGUAAGGAGAGGGAGCUGUUCUGGCAAAGUCCGUACCUCUACAGUAGAUUCAGGUAGGGAGUAGGUAUGAGGCAUGCCGGAAUUAUAUACAGGGAAUCGCGAUUUUCAAUUCAAGCCUUUG